AUGGCGAGCCCCGAGGACGACCUCAUCGGCAUCCCCUUCCCGGAGCACAGCAGCGAGCUGCUGAGCAGCCUCAACGAGCAGCGGCACCUGGGGCUGCUCUGCGACGUCACCAUCCGCUCGCAGGGCCUCGAGUACCGCACGCACCGCGCCGUGCUGGCCGCCUGCAGCCGCUACUUCCAGAAGCUCUUUGCGGGGCCGGGYCCCGGGCAGGACGUCUGCGAGCUGGACUUCGUGGGCCCGGAGGCGCUGGGCGCGCUGCUGGACUUCGCCUACACGGCCACGCUCACCAUCAGCAGCGCCAACAUGGGCGAGGUGCUGCAGGCGGCGCGGCUGCUCGAGAUCCCCUGCGUCAUCGCGGCCUGCGUGGACAUCCUGCAGGGCAGCGGGCGCGAGGCGCCCGGCCCCGACGCCGGCGACCGCGAGCGCGCACGCCGCUACCUCGAGGCCUUCGCCGCCCUGCCCGAGGGGGACGGCGCCGGCACCCCGCUGCUGCCGCCGCCGCCGCAUCGCCCCGUCGCGCGCCGCAGCAAGAAGACCCGCAAGUUCCUGCAAGCGCGCGGCGCCCGCCUCAACCACUGCGCCGAGGAGCUGCCCCCCGAGGGCGCCGCCGAGGCGGGGGGCAGCCCCCCGCCGCCGUCGCCGCCGCUGCCCGAGGGGCUGCCGCCSCCCUGCGAGGGCUACGAGGUGCCCGAGGAAGAGGAGGAGCUGCCCCCGCACGCCUUCGCCUUCCCCUACCAGCCGCCGCUGUCGCCCGAGGAGGCCGCCUCCGACGAGGACCCCAUCGACCCCCACUUCAUGGCCUACCUGGGCUCGCUGCCCCCCGAGGCGCUGGCGCCGGGACUGGAGAGCCCCGACAAGCUGGUGCGCAAGCGGCGCUCGCAGAUGCCCCAGGAGUGCCCCGUGUGCCACAAGGUGAUCCACGGCGCCGGGAAGCUGCCGCGGCACAUGCGCACGCACACCGGCGAGAAGCCCUUCGCCUGCCAGGUCUGCGGCGUGCGCUUCACGCGGUGA